CCUGCGAGGGCCACCGGUCCCCGGGCCCUCGGGGCGCCGCGGGCACCGCCGCGCAUCGCAGCCCUCCUGACAACUCGCGAGGCCGGCAUGGGGAGCAGCAUGCCCUCGCGCAGAAACCGCGCAUGCGCACGCGCGCGCCCGCCUCGCGGGGGCUGCGAUGCGCGGCGGUGCCCGCGGCGCCCCGAGGGCCCGGGGACCGGUGGCCCUCGCAGGAGGGACUGCGCGGGAGCGCCGAGGGAGGCGACGACACGGCAGGCUCACGCGGCGUGGGCGCGCCGGCGGCACUGGCGAAGGCAUUCGAGGUCAAAUUCUGCGACGUGGAAGCACCAAGGGACACGGCGACGCACGCAUCGUCACGCGCUUCCA